AUGAUGAGAAUAUAAAAAUGUACAGGAGAUGAAGAGAUUGAGUUAGAAAAGGAUAUAAACCUCUGGUUUGAAAGAAUGUACACAGAAAUAAGUGCUAAAUAAUAAGAAACUAAAUUAAGAACUGAUAAAUAUAAUGUUGAAAUAAAACAAAAAAUAAAAAAACAUAAAAUUUGCUUUCGGGAUGAAAUCAAUCCUGAGGUUGGAUUAGUAGAUGUUAAUGUAGUUGAAAAUUGGAAAGCAUAUAAUAUUAAUCAAAGAAAUCCAGUAGACGACUGUUUUUGUUAAACUUCAUGA